AUGGACGCCGCAAUUUCUCCCCUCGAGCGUGCUUUCAACACCUUUUUGAUGACCAUGCCAGCCGAGCAGCUGGAGGAGCUUCUGCAGUACCUCCAAGACACUAAAGCUCAGGAAAACAAUGCCCUGCAGCUUGCAGAUGCAACUCCUGCCGCUGCUGCAAACUACGCUUUGGACAAUCAUCAUGGUGCUGCCGUUCCUGUUGCCGCAACUCCUCGUCCUCUGGUUUCCCGUGCCAAACGCACCCGGGAAGGAAAGAAAAGACCUCUUAACAGCUUCAUCGCUUUCAGAAGCUUCUACUCGGUCAUUUUUCCGGACCUCACCCAAAAGGCCAAGUCGGGCAUUCUUCGCUUCUUGUGGCAGAAUGACCCUUUCAAGGCCAAAUGGGCAAUCCUCGCGAAGGCGUACUCCAUCAUCCGCGAUGACCAUGGAACUGAGGGUUCUUUGGAUCGGUUUCUGGAGCUUACUACCAAGUUCAUCGGCAUCAUUGAACCCACUCGCUACCUCGACGCGAUGGGCUGGCAGUUGAACUUCGAUGACCAGGGGCAAUACACUAUGGCUAAGGUCAAAAUCAUAACUAUCCCUGAAGCCGAUGUUGCUACCAAUUACUCGGUUGACGAUGUCGUGAAACACUGCUACGAGACAGGCUAUGUGUCUGAGAAACCACGCAAGCACACCGCAGGUAACCGCAACAACACUUCCACCAUGGCCUUUGCUGCUCAGCCAACUUUCGUUGUCAAAGCGGAGAACGGCAUUCAGAUCACCGGCGACGAUGCUACUGUGACUGACGAUGCCUUCGCAACACCUGAAAUGGAGACUCCACCUCCCGAAGAGACAAACGCCACUCAAACCCCUGAUCCCAUCGAAGCAGAACCAGUGGUCGACGACUACGCCUUGGACUUUGUGAAUGUACCUGGCAUGCCUGAUGGUCAGCAGCUCGAACUGGCACUCUUCCAAGGCAAUGACUUCGAUCUCGACAACAUGGAACACCCAUUUCUCAACGAGAUCAACGCCUUGCCCCUUUUCGAUCCAGCAAUCAUAAAUCCCAUGAUGAUGGACUAUGAUCCGUUGGUCGAGCCUCCUUUCGGUGUCUUUGACAUUGAUCAAUACAUCAACGUCUGA